GUGUAAUUUCUUUCUUUCAAUUCCUUCGUCGACUUUCUAUUGGGUAGAAUGAGUGUUUAUGAAUUAAGUUUAGAUAAUGAAUAAUGAUAUCAAUAAUUUCGUGCCAUCGCUUUUAAACCCCAGGACUAUAAAUAAAGAAAAUUUCUCGUUGACUCAGAAUUCAACAGUCAGUCGUUGUUCAUUGUCCUUAAAAAGAAACAUUCGUUUAGGUAAAAGGGAUACUAAUCAGACUGUUCUUGCAAAGGAAAGGUUAUUCAGCCAAGACAACAGAAGACACUGUAACACCCAAAAUACUUCAGCUUGUGCAAAAUCUAUUAGUACUCUAAUAGAUUUAGACGUACCCGGGUAUGAAGAAGAAAAAGAGAACAGCAACCAUGUAAAUCCUAUAUUUAAGAACCUUGCAACUAAGCAGUUUUCUUUUUUCAACAAUUUCGAUUUAGCCAAUGCUAGCACUGUACAUCUAUCGCCAGAUGAUCUGCAAACACAAAAACAGCAUAUGGAUAUGGAUAUCACAAAUUGGGAUCUAAGAAAUGAAGUUCUAACGAGUACUGCAACUAAUAAACUGAGUCAGGAACAACGCAGUCUUGAUUUCUCUGUUUUCGAAAACAUACAACUCAUUUCAGAUGCUAAUCGGCUCAAGAACAUAGAAAUACAAAAUGUAGUUCAUAAUCAGUCUUUGAAAAGUGGUUCCUCUGCUACUGAGCUAUACAAAUUUGAAGACACAAUACUACACGAUUUAAACGGAGAAUCUCAUGUCUUAAUCUCAUUUGGUAUACAAGACUGUGAAUUCGUCGAUCUAACCACGAAAAACUCUAAUAUUAAGAAAGUGUCUAUUACGCAUAAGGAUAAAAAUGUUAAUUUAGAUUGUGAGAUAGAGGAAUGUACUCCUCUUUCCACUGACAGCGAGUACGACGAAAAUAUGAACGAGACAACUAAUACUUCUCAAAAGAGGUCUGGAGUGGUUGUCAACCUAGAAAUUAAAAAGAAGAAACUGCCAACUGACACAGAAAAUUCGAAACUUCUUAUUUUGAAAACAGAUGCCAUUGAGAAACUGUCGCACGUCAUUGUUCAGCCGCAAAAUUGUAAAAUAGUGAAACGUCAUUUGAAUAAUAGUAAAUUUGGUAGCAGCAAAAAUAAUUUUGGUUUUAGAAAGAAUGGGAAAAGUGCUAACUUGAAACAAAAGUCGAUAACUUCGUUUUUCGCUAAAGACUGUGAAGAGGCAGGUAGUCAUACCGCGCAAGAUGUUGCGAUAGUCGAGAAUAAUGCUGUGGAAAUGAGCAAGAUCACGGGUGUGUCUGAUUCCAAGUGCGGCCGGCCUUACAGACCAGAGUGGAAAGGCGAACCGUCCCCACGAUGCCGCGUGGCCUCCGCUCCGAAGCAUCCCGACAGUCGGUCCCGGGGCAAACCGAACAGCGCGCGGUCAAACUCGCCCCAUAAGCAUUUAGAGCCGUUCACCCUUUCAGCCAAGACUAAGUCCAACAGGACCUUUGGCUCGGCGAAGGCUAUUCCGCAUUAUAAGAUCGUGGCAGGCACUCAUUUCGCCGUGGACGCUUUUUCAUACGGAGACAUACCUAGCGUGAAGCAUUAUUUCUUGACGCACUUCCAUUCCGACCAUUACUCGGGCCUGAAGAAAAAUUUCAGUAAAUUAUUGUAUUGCUCCAAAAUCACAGGUGAUUUAUGCGUAUCCCGAUUAGGAGUGAACCCGAAAUGCAUCCACGUUCUCAACCUGGAGGAGACAACGAGGAUCGAGGGGGUCGAGGUGACCGCUGUCGACGCGAACCAUUGUCCCGGCGCGGUCAUGCUGUUCUUCUACUUACCCAACGGAAUGACCAUCCUCCACACAGGAGACUUUAGAGCAUCACCGGCUAUGGAAUCUUAUCCCGUGUUCUGGAACAGCGAUGUUCACACCAUCUACCUCGACACUACUUAUUGCAACCCCCGCUACGACUUCCCGACGCAAGAGCAAAGCCUAGAGAUGGCGCUGUCUCUGCUGCGGACGAAGAAAACGGCGCUGGAAAAAGUCGGCAAGAAGUUCUCUUCCGUCCUCAUCGUCUGCGGCACUUAUACUAUAGGUAAAGAGAAGUUUUUUCUCGGCAUGGCGCGUCGCGUCGGUUGCUCCGUGUGGGCUUGCCCCGAAAAGGAUAAGGUACUUCAAACGGUGGAGGGACGCAGUUUCUGCACCUCGCCGCCGCACUCGUGUCAACUUCACGCUGUUCCGAUGAGAGAUCUCAGUCACGAGAAACUGAAGAGCUACUUGGAGAGUUUGAACGGCGCCUUCACGGAGGUGGUGGCCUUCAAGCCCAGCGGGUGGGAGAACGGCAAGAACACCACCGUGGAGAAGGACAUGGUCACCAUACACGGCAUUCCGUACAGCGAGCAUUCCAGCUUUUCAGAACUAAUCCGCUUCGUGAAGUUCCUGAAGCCGAAGCAGGUCGUGCCCACCGUCGACAUCUCCGGCGGAGUUAAAACUGUUCAGAAGUACUUCCCCUGUCCCCUGGUCGUCCACGACGACGCCCACAACCAGAGCAAGGUGACGGACUAUUACAGCAUAGAGAACCGACAGCAGGUGUCGGCUGUCACUUGAUGUCACGGCCAUUAUACGGAGCGGUCACGCGCCGCCUCCGAUCCGACUCCGAUCCGAAUCCGGCCCGAUCCAUAGCUUAUACCUACAUCUGCUUUCAGCUUUUGAUACCUAAUAAGGAUUUGUCUUAAAGGACUUGUAUCCAGGCCUUAAUCGUUUUAAAAAAUGUGGCUUUCCAUCAAAGAAAGGUCCUUAUGCUCAAUGUACAAUAAGGACCAUUCUAUCAAAAUUUCUGUUUGAAUUUCAGAUAAAAUGGUCCUUAUUGCACUGGAAGCAUAAGGGCCCUUUUGUGAUGGAAAACCACAAAUAUUCCUUGAACCUUUUAUUCAAGCUGCAUAUUCCGUCCAAGCAAUUUAGUUGAGGCGUGAAAUAUAAACUUGAAUGAUUUGAAGUCGGAAUUGCCGUAUUUUGCAAGUGAUACUGUUUAAAGCAGCUUGUAACUUCGUAGUUUGACAAGCAGAUGUUAAGCAUAAUUAAAAAAAGUAUGUAGUAAUUCAAGGUAUCAACACCUUAACCCUUUACCAGGCUAAGGGAUAUAUAUUUCCCACAUACGGCACUUCAAACAUGUGUUCUAUUUUCGAUGAGUUAGACUGACAUUUGAUUGUCAUUUUUGAAAAUGUCAGCCUGGUAAAGGGUUAACAGAGUAGCCUAGACAAAACAUACAGUUUGAAUUUUACCUUUGUGAAUUUGGUUCUCGAAAAAUCUAACAAUUUCGACUAUUACGAAGCUGGGUUUUAUUCUCGAUAUUUUUUUUCUCUGUCACGCUAAAUAAUAAAAUAAGCAGGAUCGAUAAAGAAGACAGAAAACGGAUCGGACGCAGUGCGCAAGCGCUCCUGUUAUUAUUCUAAGAUAAGCUGUCAUGAGACUG